AUGCAUACAAUUCCAUUUCAACUAGAACUAGGCAAACACUAUCGCUUUCAAUAUUGUACAACCCAUGCCAAAUCCAAUAUAUUUCCCACACAACAACACUAAUCUCAUUUCUGAUCAAACACAACAAACAAUCAUCAAACUCCAACGUUCCUGUCCAAUUUCAACACACUACUGAAGUUUUGCUCCAAACAAUCACUUGAUUUGGUCGAAUUCCAGUUUGAUUUGAAAACACCCCACAAAAAAAUGCAUACUUGGAUGGGUUUCUUCCUUUAACUUGUUCAGAGUUUGGUGAUUUCUUUCCUUUUACUCGUUUCAGAUCCUGUUUCUUCUCCUUCAGCUGAUGUGCAUAAAAUGGGGCUUGCAAUUUUUCUUUCAGGAGUUCUAUAAGGUUGGACUGGAGUGUUAGGUUUAUUGGAAAAAGCAUGGAAAUUUGUUUUAGGACUGAAGAGUUUAGUCAAUGAUUUGGUGAUUUUUAGGGAAAGUAAGUUCUAGGGUUUCUGAUUCUAUGGUGAUGACAGGUUUUGGGUUACAAGUGUGUUGAAUGGGGAUUCAAACAAUGGGUUCUCAAAGUAACGGGCAACAGUCUCAUUUACAGGCUAAUCAGUUAGUUAAGCAAAAUUCAUGGUAUGGUCUUACUCUUGAUGAGGUUAACAAUUUACUCGGAGAUUUGGGGAAGCCGUUAGGGAGCAUGAAUCUCGACGAGCUUCUUCAAAAUGUAUGGACUGCGGAAGGUAAUAAGGUUGUAGGGAUAGAGAGCGAGCACGUUCCGUCUUCGUCGUCGUCGCUUCAACGUCAGGCUAGUAUGACGUUGGCUCGUGCUUUGAGUGGGAAGACGGUGGAUGAUGUAUGGAGAGAGAUUCAGCAUGGUCAGAAGAAACAAUAUGGCGACGCCGAGAAGAUUGUGGAUGGAGAAAUGACUCUCGGUGAUACAACGUUGGAAGAUUUUUUAGUACAAGCGGGGCUUUUCGCUGGAGGUUCUGUUAGUUCGACGGUGGAGUUGGAUGCGAUGGAUAUAGUUAUUCCUCAGAGUUUUCAACCGAAAACAGGCUUGUUAUCCUCUUCUUCUGUUAGUAGUAUGUCAGAUACGAAACCAGGUCGCAGAAGGGAUACCUCGGAUGCAUACGAGAAGGCUCUCGAAAGGAGGCUGAAAAGGAAAAUCAAGAAUAGGGAGUCUGCCGCGCGUUCGCGGGCGAGAAAACAGGCUUACCAUAAUGAACUUGUUACCAAGGUUACUCGACUAGAACAAGUAAAUAUUCAGCUCAAGAAAGAGAAGGAGUUUGAGCAGGGGCUACCACCGGAACCAUCACCUGAACCAAAAUACCGUCUUCGAAGAAUAAGUUCUGCCCUUUUCUGACGUGCGACCAACAAUGAAGUUUCCUAGCCCCUUACGUUCACGGCAUUAUGUUGAAGCGUCAUGGAUAAAUAGAGCUUAACUUCAUUGCAAAGUGUUGCUGCCCGUGGCGUGCUUUCGUUCAAUCUACAUCUAUAUUUAACUAACUAAAGGGUACAUAUUAGCUAAGGUUUGAUGUUCUUAGAGUCUCGUGGCGGAAGUGUUGUCUGUUUGUGUAAGAAUGAAGAUUGUCUUUGUAAGUUAAGGUUAUUAUCAGGGAAUCUAGUUCUUGAAAGAGGUGAUUAACUUCCAAAGCUAGUGAAACUAAGUAGAUCUUAUUAGAGUAUUUUAAAACUGCAAGAUUGUAAUAGACUUAAUCUUAGUUGGUGUGCUAUGUAGAGAAAGAAACUUUAUGGAAAGAUGAAAUAGCAAAAGAAACAUUAGUUUGUUA